AUGGUUAUACCUGUACUGUUGUCCGGUAUCGUUGUAGCGCUUGCGCAGCAGAAUUAUGAUGACAAGUUCGCUCGAAAUAUAACGUUUCCGCUAAGUGCUGCAGCGUACGCAGACGAUCCGCAGCGUUGUGUUGAAAGAGUAUUUCCAGGAGGAGAGAUGGUAAAACAUAUCACAGUCAAUUGUGGCUGGUGGAGCAAAUGCUCUGGCUUUGUUGCCAACAUUUCUUCCGAGAAUGCGAUCGCCUUAAGCUUUAGAGGCACUAAAGGUAAAUUGCAGCUCGUGGAUAUAUUCGGCAAAACACUAUCUACUAAGAGGAUUAGAUGGAGCGUCAAUAAUCAAUAUUUGGGACAAGUAGGAAGAUAUUUCCACGAUGCUUUUCACGCAAUCUGGAAAGAGGGAAUGGAGAAACAUGUGCAAGAACUCUUGCAGAAUUGUCCUAAAUGCAAGAUAUGGGUCACUGGGCAUUCGCUUGGCGGCUCAAUGGCGUCAAUAGCAGCUUCUUACCUUGCUUGGUCUGGUUUAGCAAAUGACCACGAGAUAAGACUAGUGACAUUCGGUCAACCGAAAACCGGUGAUACUAAUUUUGGAAGUACUCUUACCGAUAAG